GCAACGUCGAAGCAUUAUUCUGGCAGGGCUCAUCACCCCACUACACGAUGGCCCCUCGUGACAAGAAAGCCAAUGGGCCAUCCCCGCAGGUUCUGAGGGUUGUAGAGGAGUCGAAAUCUAAUAACAAGACUUUGAUUCAAUUGGUACUUAUCCUGACAAUAGUGAUAUAUGGAUACUUCGCAUUCGAUCCCGAUAGAUUAAGGCAAUACCUCCCGACAUUUUCAAGUAGUCCCGCUCACCCACGCUUGACGGGAGCAAGAAAGGUUCUUUCCGAGAAUCCUCUCAUCGACGGGCACAAUGAUCUGUUGAUACGCCUCCGCGCUGAAUACGCCAACGAAAUCUACUCCAACGACUUCGCCAAACUCUUCGAAAACGGAGGCUUGCCAGGCGAGAUCGACAUCCCACGCGCCACAACCGGCCACCUAGGCGGAGCAUUUUGGUCCGCAUUCCUUCCCUGUCCAAAAGACGGCUUCGACUUCAGCGACGCAAACUACGCACCAUACGUCAAAGCCACCCUCGAGCAGAUCGAUCUCUUCAAUCGCCUCGCAGAGAAAUAUCCCAAAUAUUUCACUUUACCCAAAAACGCCGCAGAAGCUGAGAAGAAUUUCAAACAAGGAAAAUGGAUCUCCCCACUUGCGAUUGAGGGCCUGCAUCAAAUCGGUAACAGCCUUGCGACCCUACGACUGUAUCAUGUUUUGGGUGUAAGAUAUGCUACAUUGACGUGGAACUGCCAUAAUCGCUACGCAGACGCUGCUGCCGUUUAUGCAGAUGGCACUUUUGGGCGUGCCAAGCCGUAUUGGGGAGGUGUCAGCGCCGAUGGACGAGAAUUGAUCAAGGAGAUGAAUCGUUUGGGUAUGCUCGUCGAUCUCAGUCACGUUUCAGAAGACACCAUGCGAGAUGUUCUCGGCGGCAAUCCUGAAUGGGAAGGAAGCAUUGCACCGCCGAUUUUCAGCCAUUCGAGUGCGUAUUCGAUUUGCCCUCACCCGAGAAAUGUUCCAGAUGAGAUUCUGGAUCUGGUGAAGAAGCGAAAUUCUUUGGUUAUGGUGAACUUCAAUCCGGAUUUCAUCUCGUGUAGAGACGUUGGGGCUGAAAAUGGGUUGCCGGAAUUUGUCAACAGCACCAAUACGAUUGCGCAAGUGGCACGGCACGUCAUGUACAUUGGAGAGCGGAUCGGAUACGAUCACGUUGGCCUCGGCUCGGAUUUCGAUGGCAUUGAGAGUACGCCGAGGGGUCUGGAGGACGUAUCAAAAGUCCCGGAUCUCAUCGACAUUUUGCUGAGUAAAGGAGUCAGCGAGAAAGAUGCGGCGAAGAUUGCAGGCAGAAACUUGCUAAGAGUGUGGCACGAAGCAGAUCGAGUGGCUGCAAAGCUGCAGAAGAAGAUCAAUCCUAUAGAAGACGAUCUGAGGAGAAAGAACAGUGUGGCUGUGGGAGUAGAUGAGGUCGAGCCCGUCGAAUUGUAG